AUGAUUUCUAAGCAAGUAUCAUAUUCUGGAUUUGGUUGUAUUCCACCCGACCAAAUGUAUUGGCAUCCAUUGUCUGUAAGUGCUUUGUUAACAUCUUCGCGAGCUCCAUUUUUAUCAAUUGAUCCACCGCCAAAAGUGCAAAGAACUUUUGAUCCAGAUGGAAGGAAUUUCUUGAGAUGCUCUACUACAGCUACUUCACCAAAUCCAACCUGUGUUGUGUUGCUCUAA